AUGUAUUAUUAAAAAUUGUAUAUUGAUAAAUUUUAAAUAAAAAUUCCAACAAUGGCUGAAUUUGUUCGUGGUGGACCUAGUGUAUCCUACAAUGCAAAGAUUGAAUGUAAUAAAAAAGGAGAUUCACCAGGUGCUGAAACUGAAGACGGAGUAUUUGUUGAAUCAUUAAAUAUUGAUAACGAUUUUGACGUAUUUCUUGAUAAUAUACCUGGUGAUAUACAAGAUACGGAAGAACCAGAUAAUGUCAAUAUUAAUAUUUUUACAGCACCACCUGAAAAUCAGUGGUAUCAUGGAAGGCUAGAUAGAUUUUCUGCAGAAGAACGACUUUGGGAUGCAAAUAAAAUGGGGAAUUAUUUAGUUCGAGAAAGCGAUAGAAAGCCUGGUAGUUAUGUAUUGUCUUAUUUAGGACGAACUGGUAUCAACCAUUUUCGCAUAACUGCUGUUUGUGGAGAUUAUUAUAUUGGUGGGCGUCAAUUUAGUAGUCUUGUUGAUUUGGUUGCUUACUAUUCGCAUUGCUCCGAUUUACUAAAAAGAGAACGACUUCUAUAUCCUACUCCACCUCCAGAACCAGUUAACGAUAAAAAACGAAUCGUUGCUAUUUUACCUUAUACGAAAAUGCCUGAUACUGAUGAAUUAAGCUUUCAAAAGGGAGAUAUUUUUUUCGUACAUAAUGACAUGGGUGAUGGUUGGCUGUGGGUUACUGCUCAUCGGACUGGUGAACAAGGAUUAAUUUUUCGUGAUUUAGUCGAAAAUUUAGAUGAUUCUAUAGAUCCUAAUACAGUGUUUUCUUGGUUUCAUCCUAAUGUUACUAAAAGUGAAGCAGUGGAUAUGUUAGUUAAAGCAGGCCCUGGCAGUUUUUUGGUGAGACCGUCUGAUAAUAGUCCAGGCGAUUAUUCUCUCUUUUUUCAUAUAAAUAAUCAAAUUCAAAGAUUUAGAAUUGAAAAGAAAGGUGUUAGAUAUUUAAUGGGAGGGAGAACGUUUGAAUGUCUUGAUGCUGUAAUUAACAGAUAUCGUAAAGAGCAGAUUGUCGAAGGUCAUACAUUAGUACAAGCGAUGAUUACUGAACCGGAUGGAACGGUAAGAAUUAAUAAAGAAGUACAACACGCUGAAAAAAUUUAUGCUACUUUACGAGAAUGUCGUGAACAAUCAGGAGUUAAAAAAAACAAAGGAAUAAAAAUGCAAGGAUAUUUAGAAAAAAAGUCAGAAAAAAAUAAAAAAUGGAAAGCGUUAUAUUUUGUAUUACUUGUAGAUGGAAGUGAUACACAUUUGUAUUUGUACGAUAAUCCAAAAAGAACAAAGCCUAAAGGUCUCAUUGAUUUAAGCUGUGCCUAUUUAUAUCAGGUCCAUGAAAGCGUAUUUGAUAGGCCACAUUGUUUACAAUUAGUCGAAAGAGCUUUACCAUGUUUAUCAACAAUAACAUAUUUAUCUGCACCAAACUGUGAAACUGCCCUAGAUUGGAUUAAUGCAUUAAAGCCAUUAUGUGUGUCUCAAUUAACAAGAGCUCCAAAAGUUGCUCGGCUUAGAGAAUUACGUUCACUUCAAUUGCAUAUUGUAGAUGCCCAUAGAUUACCAUAUAAAUUAGUUCCAAAUCCUUUUAUAAUAGUUGCUUUAAAUAAUGUUAAAGUAGCUCGUACAAAAAUGAAAACAGGAACACGUCCAAUUUGGGAUGAAGAAUUUAUUUUAGAGGAUGUACCUCCUGAUGUUAUGUCAUUUUCGUUAACUUUAUAUAAUAAAGGAAAACGUAGUAAAGAUACAGAAGUUGCGGAAUUAACAGUAGAACUAGCAAGUUUGGUUAAUGGAGAAGAAAUGGACGAGUGGUAUCCUUUCUCAGGUGUUACACCUAUUGGGGAUUGGGGUGCAUUACGUUUACGUUUGAGAUAUCGACAUGAUUUAGCAAUGCCACCAGAAGAAUAUAGCCCUUUGCAACAAUUAUUACUUGAUCCAGAAUUGCAAGUUGUUAAAGCAUUAGCUGAUGUGUGCCAUCUUGAUCGAAUUCCUUUAGCCAACAGUUUACUAAGGAUAUUUAGACAUGAAAGAAAAGAAGCAGAUCUUUUAAAAACAUUAACUCAAGCUGAAGUGGAUAAAGAAGAAGAGACACCUACAUUAUUCAGAGCAGCUAGUUUAACAACGACUCUUAUGGAUUUAUAUAUGAAAUCUGUAUGUACAUCAUUUUUGAAAUCUGCUUUACAAGAUACUGUUCUUAAAUUAAUAGAUACUAAGCAGAGUUGUGAAUUAAAUCCUUCGAAAAUGGAUUCACCCGAAGAUGCAUGUAAUAAUGCGGAAUUUUUAUUACAAGUUUUGGACGAGGUAACCUUAAGUAUUUUUACAAGUCCUGAUGUAUGCUCAAAGAGUUUACGAUACAUUUGUUUUUGUUUGCAACGAGCUGUGGUGUCUAAAUGGCCUCAAGAAAGAUUAGUUAGAACAAGAGUAGUUAGUGGAUUUAUAUUUUUACGUCUCCUUUGUCCUGCAAUACUAAAUCCAAAAUCAUUCAAUCUUAUUUCCGAAUCGCCUUCUCCAGCAGCAACUCGAUCUUUAGUUAUGGUAGCUAAAUGUUUACAAAAUUUAGCUAACCUUAUAGAAUUUGGAGGAAAAGAACCGUAUAUGGAGGUUGUUAAUCCAUUUAUAUUAAAAAAUAAAGAAAGAAUGGUAGUAUUUCUUGAUCAAUUAUCGAAUGUUUCAGAUAGACCAGAACCUGAUAAUAUUGUUUCUCGAAAUAAAUCCAUAUCGGAUAUAGCAAAAGAUCUUGCUAACUUGCAUCAUAUUUGUGUAUUACAUUUGAAAGAAUUGCAGAUUUUAUCGAAACAGCAGGCAACUAUUAAACAACUUGUUACAGUUACUGAAAUGUUAAGUAAGCAUAAACAGAAAUAUAAGGAAAUGUUACAAUAAUAACGAUAGAAUAAAAUAUAUUGUAGAUUUAUGAAACAUAUUACUAAUAAAAAUAUAGUAAUUUAUAAUUAAUAGAAAAUUACGAUUAAUAAGACUGACGUGCCAUAAAUAUUCACGUGAAAAAAACAUUUUAUAUCUACUUACAAACUGUUUCAUAUACUGAAGAUAUAAUUAUAGUAAAUAUUAAAUGUA